AUGCUCGGGUUAAUUUUCAAAGGAAUCUUUUCGUUCGCUAUCUUCUGGGCAUUUUAUUGCGUUCUGCGUCGCCUCGUCGUCAAGACAGCCCUCGAUAACAUUCCAGGGCCUCCCUCCCCUUCUUUCUUCAAAGGUAACUUCCCGCAAUUGUUCAACGUUAAUGGUUGGGAAUUCCAUCAAGACAUUGCAACAAAAUAUGGAGGCGUGGUCAAGGUCAAGGCUCUUUUUGGUGAAAAUCAACUUUAUGUGUUCGAUUCGAAGGCGAUGCACCACAUUGUUGUAAAGGAUCAACAUUCAUACGAAAAGGACACAUCGAUUUUUGCAUUCAACGGCUUAGUGUUUGGUAAAGGGCUGGUGGCGACCAAGGGAGAACAUCAUCGCCGACAAAGAAAGAUGUUAAACCCAGUCUUUUCCAUUGCUCACAUGCGUGAAAUGAUUCCCAUUUUCUACAAUGUCACUCAUAACGCGUCGAUUGCGCUGAAAGUCGAAGAUGGUCCUCAAGAGAUGGCUCGUACAGCACUGGAAUUAAUUGGACAGAGUGGUCUAGGCUACUCAUUUGACCCCUUAGUUGAAGACGCCACACCACACCCAUACAGCGGCUCCGUCAAAAAGCUAUUACCGACCUCCUUACGCGUCUCAUUCCUCCGUGCGUACCUGCUUGUACCCGCACUCAAAAUCGGCACCCCAAAAUUCCGACGAUUCGUCGUUGACUUGCUUCCGUGGAAAAAUCUGCAUGAUAUGCGGGACAUUGUCGAUGUGAUGUACAACACUUCUGUCGAGAUUUUCGAAUCCAAGAAAAAGGCGUUGAUGGAUGGGGACGAGGUUUUGGCGAGACAGAUUGGGAGGGGAAAGGAUAUUAUGAGUAUUCUCAUGAGGGCCAACAUGCAUGCAACGGAUGACGAUAAACUAGAUGAGUCUGACCUCAUCGGACAGAUGUCAACUUUGAUAUUCGCAGCUAUGGACACAACCUCAAACGCGCUCGCUCGCACCCUAUUUUUAUUAGCGCAGAAUCAAGAUGUUCAAGAAAAACUGCGCCGCGAAGUCACCGACGCCCGCGUGAAGUACGGGGACCUUGCAUACGACGAGCUAGUAGCACUCCCAUAUCUGGACGCGGUUUGCAGAGAAACCCUUCGCCUUUACCCUCCGGUAUCUUAUAUUUUGAGAACGUCAUGCGCAGACACCGUGAUGCCACUUUUAAACCCCAUCAAAGGCCUCGACGGACACGAAAUCAAUGAGAUUCCCAUCCCGAAAAAUACAAACAUCAUCGUCUCGGCUCUCGCAUCCAACCGUGACCCGGAGAUAUGGGGUUCCAAUUCUUUUGAAUGGAUUCCAGAGAGAUGGGUGAGCGCCUCACCCUUCUCAGUAGCUGGUGCACCUAUUCCAGGUGUCUAUUCAAACCUUAUGACAUUCGGGGGCGGUGGGAGAUCUUGCAUCGGAUUCAAAUUCUCCCAACUCGAAAUGAAGGUCGUGCUCUCGCUCUUGAUCGAGUCUUUCAAAUUCUCCCCCUCCGACAAGGAGAUAUUUUGGCAGAUGAACAUGAUAGCCACGCCUACUGUGGUUGGUGGGAAUGGUAAGAACGAACUCCCGCUCAGAGUGAGCAAAAUCUAG